AUGAAACGACCAAGCACCCACAAGAACGAAAAGAUCCGGGUACAAGUCUACACCGGCGCAGGAAACCUCGUAGCGGACCUUCACCUGCACGAAGCCACCACCAUACGAAAGCUCAAAGCCAGACUAGCUCCGGACCUGGGAGUCUCCCGAUUCCGACAGAAGAUCCUCCGAAACACGCGCCUCCUCGACGACGACGACGCGAUCCGAAAAUCCACCCACCUGCAGGUCGUGCUAUUGAACUACAUCCCCACCUCCGCGAAAAACAUCCGCCAGCUCAUUGAUGCCAGCUUCGAAGACUCCGAAUCCGAAGUGGAAGAACUCCUGUGCAAACCACAGGACGUCAACGCGUCCAUGCCCGGAGGGGCCAAAGUCAACACCGCAAACGGCGCAACCACCGCUCUCCAAGCAGCCGCGAGUGCAAACAACACGGACAUCCUGAAACUCCUCUUCCAAGCCCAUGCGGACGUGAACCGCAACGGCAACGAUCGGGCACUCUGGCACGCAGCAGCCCAAAACGCCAAGGAAGCCACGCGCAUGUUGCUGCAACACCGAGCAGACCCGGACGCAACAGACCAGCACGGACGCAGCGCCUUACUCGAAGCCGUCGCUGGUGGCUUCCACAGCCUCACACAAUUGGUGCUAGAGGCAAGAGCCGACCCGAAUCAACGCAACGACCAAGGCCGGACGCCCUUCAACGUCGCUUGCCACAAUAACGACGAAAAAAUGGCAACCACCCUGCUGAUGGCGCGCUCGGAUGUGCACACCCGACACGGGCCCCGCAACGAGUACGACUACGAGACAACCGCUCUCUGCGCAUGCGCCAGCACCAACUGCAUUUCCGGCAUUAAACUCCUGCUCGGCUCAUCGGUCCACGUUGACGGCCAGUUGAAUGCCACGGCGCUCUGGUACGCAGCUUGGCACGGGAGAACCGAAGCCGUGGAGUUCCUGCUCGAACAGAGAGCUGACACCGAGAAGCAUGCCUUGCACGGGGGAACACCUCUUUGUGCAGCAGCUUUCCAGGGUCACGACUCGAUCCUCCACAAGCUCAUUGCGAACCUCUGCGACGUGGAAUCAGAAGAAGCUGUGCGACUCCUUCAAGAACCGCUACAACUUGCGAUGUGGAGCGACAACCCCGACACCGUCAAACUCUUGCUCGAUGCGAAGGCGAACGCGAGUGGCGUGAAGAACAACACAUCCGUCGGUAGAAUGCACCAGCUACAGCUACAGCUAUACCAGUCAACUGUAGAGGUGCGGACACCCACCCUGGACAGACUCCGUCUUUACCAGUAUCUACAAGAACGCCAAACACAAGCGCAGGCUGCAACUGCAAGAAGAAAUCUCUCAGGCCAGGAACAGGAAGCAUAG